AUGUCUGAUACUAUUUAUGACGAUGUCACCUGGACUGAGACUGAGGGAAUGAAGAGAGAGAGAGUGGAGAUGACUGUGGAUAUCUAUGAGAGUGCAGAUUAUGUGAGAGAUCAUGACUUUAGGACGGAGACAAACACACACCAACCACUUCAGCGCACAGGAAGUGAUUCCGUGAAGAUCAGGAGCUCCAGAGCAGCUGCUGUGUGUUUUGUGCUGAUGUGUGUUCUUCUGCUGACUGCAGUCAUAGUGCUGUGUGUCCACACAGAAGAGAAAGAGCAGCUACUAAACAAGAUUAACAACCUCACAGAAGAAAGAGACCAGCUACUAACCACGCUCAAAGAUUACAAAACAGAGAAAUAUCUGUUAAUGAUCCAGAACAACAACCUGACCAUUGAAAAUAAAGAUUUAUUAUUCAAGCAUGAUGUUGUAAUGAAACAAAGAGAGCAGGAGAACAAUGACCUGUGGAAAAAUCUUCAUGAAGUGGGUGGAUGUUUUUACCAUGAGUCCAGUCUUUACAUAAUUUCCUUGGAGAAGAAGAGCUGGGCUGAGAGUAGACAAGACUGUAAGGCUAGAGGAGCAGAUCUGAUCACCAUAAACAACAGCGAGGAACAAGGUCUUGUUACAAAAAUGUCUGAUGGUAGUUUUGCUUGGAUUGGUCUGACUGACAGUGAUCUGGAGGGCAGAUGGAAAUGGGUUGAUGGCAGCAGACUUGAAUCUGACUUCUGGAGAUCUGGAGAACCCAAUGGACACAAAGGAGAAAACUGUGUUGUGUCUUAUGCAUCACAGUGCAGACUGAAUAUGUCUUAUUACGGCAAUAUAAACAUUCCUGGGACACAUGCGAUGUGUGAAGAUGAAGAGGAGAUGAAUAUCUAUGCUAAUGCGCAUGCUCAUGAUGCCACGACAGAAAAAGAGAACUCGGACACCAAGAGACACCAAACACCUCGACGCACAGAUAAAUCCUGUCUUUACUAUUUUUCUUCUGAGAGGAAGAGCUGGACUGAGAGCAGAAAAUACUGUAUGGAGAGAAGAGCAGAUCUGAUCACCAUAAACAAUAAAGAGAAACAACAAUUAUUUAGGAACUUGUUUGGUUAUAAUAGAGUCUGGAUUGGUCUGACUGACAGUGAUCUGGAGGGCAGAUGGAAAUGGGUUGAUGGCAGCACACUGACUUCUGGGUUCUGGGGGUAUGGUGAGCCCAAUGGAUAUAGAGGAGAGAACUGUGCUGUAACAUUUGCAGGACAAUGGGCUGAUCGUCCAUGUAUUUAUGAGAGUGUGAGCAGGACUGAGCUUCAGGACAUGGACAGAGACAUUGGAGAUGAUGGUGGAUAUCUGUGA